AUGGCCACAGAGCAGGUGAGGGGGCAGCAUGGCCCAGACCUGGCCCCUGGACCCCAGAAGCCCCCCGUGGGGGUCAUGGCUUCCAGUACUGGUGCUGAGGGGCUCCCCUUGACCAGGAGGAGGAGCAGCAAGAGGGAGAAGGGGCUCCGAGGGUCCCGGAAGCACACCAGCAGCUCUGGGGAGCAGACCCCCACGCAGGGGCCCGAGGCCCCAGGGAGCAGCAAGGACACCUCCGGGACCAGAGAAGCGCAGGAGGGGCCAGCCCCUGCCGCCCCUGGGCCAGCCUCUCGUCGCCAGUCCCACCGGCACCGUCCUGGCCCCCAGCACGAUGCUGCCCAGAGGACAUACGGGCCCCUGCUCAAUCGCAUCUUUGGGAAGGACCGCGAGCUGGGCCCCGAGGAGCUUGAUGAGCUUCAGGCCGCCUUCGAGGAAUUUGACACGGACCACGAUGGUUACAUCGGCUACCGGGAGCUGGGCGAGUGCAUGCGGACGCUGGGCUACAUGCCCACUGAGAUGGAGCUCAUCGAAGUCUCCCAACACGUCAAGAUGCGAAUGGGUGGCCGUGUGGACGUCGAGGAAUUUGUGGAGAUGAUGGGCCCGAAGCUGAGGGAGGAGACGGCGCACAUGCUGGGGGUGCGGGAGCUGCGCAUCGCCUUCCGUGAGUUUGACAGGGACAGAGAUGGGAGAAUCACGGUAGCAGAGCUGCGACAGGCAGCACCGGCUCUGCUGGGGGAGCCGCUGGUGGGUCCUGAGCUGGACGAGAUGCUCCGAGAAGUGGACCUCAAUGGGGAUGGCACCGUAGACUUUGAUGAAUUUGUGAUGAUGCUUUCUACCCACUGA